GGGAUGUACUUAACAUUCACUGUGCGUCGUCUUUAACAGAGCAGCAUCUGAUGGGAGCCGAUGGGAAUCAUCUCUAAAGCCUUAAACAUCAUUUUCGCAGCAUUUUGAGCCUUCAAAGCAAUAUACUCUUCUGCCAGAUCAUACGUUGCAAUGUAGCGUCUGGUACAGCGGAACCAUAUCGAUAGGAUUUGAGCGAAGAAACUAUGGGAAGAAUACGGUGGGAUCGCGGAUCGCAAAUGUUAGUGAGGCCGGGGUACCGGUAAGCUCCUGGGGCCGGGCUGACAUGGCCACACAUGCAGGGAAAGUGUCUUCCAGAUGUAGUCAAAUCUUCAAUAGGCUGUCUUCUAAUGGGCGGUGGGAAUAACGCACACCAGCCUAGAGAUGUCAGCAGAGUCCGAGAAACAGCAGACGCGCAACCGCAUCUUCACCCCCCCGCCGGAGCCAGCAGAGCAGAGCGCCGCGUGGACUAGCGUCGAUCGUGACAGCGAUCAUGAGUCCGACGUGGACAUGUUCUGCUGUCACCGAGUGCAGGACUCCCUGCUGAGCUCCUCCAGUCGCUUCACAGAUUACAGAGGGAUUCUCAACUGGAUCAUUAUUCUAUUGGUGCUUACUCAUGCUCACCUGUUCCUUGAGAACUUCAUCCAACAUGGCUUCUUGAUUGAUCUUCGGAAGGUUCUCGAACACCUGAUGGAGGACAACUACAACUGGCCAUCUGUUUACAUGAUACUGGCUGCAAAUGUGUUUGCUGUUAUUGCCCUUCUGCUGGAGAAGUUCCAAGACAAGGGGAUACUUACUUUUAGGGCUGGACAUUACCUGCAUGUGACAAACCUUUUACUGCUGACAGUUUUCCCACCUGCAGUCAUCCUGCAUCAUGACAAAUGUAUCUCUACAGGUGGUGCCCUACUAUCUCUCUCCAUCUACACCACCUUGGGGCUCAAGCUGUACUCUUACCAAGAGGUUAACUGCUGGUACAGACAGGAAGGGGUCAGAAGUGAAGGGGUACAGAGAUGUAUGUCACCGGAAGGUAACGGGGGAGGCAGUCAUCUGAGCAUGAAAGACUUGUACUACUUCCUUCUGGCCCCAACACUCUGCUACCAAAGGGACUUCCCCAGGACCCCAAGCAUACGCAUCAACUUCCUGCUGCGUUGGAUGCUAGAGAUGGUAAUGCUCACACAGCUCAUGGUCGGAAUCAUGCAGCAGUGGGUUGGUCCCAUCUUUCAGAGCUCAGAAACGUCCUUUUCAAACAUGGAUGCCACUACAAGGAUUGAACACCUGGUGGAACUGGUGGCGCCAAGCCAUUUCCUGUGGCUUAUCCUCUUCUUCCUGUUCUCUCACUCCUGCCUCAACUUGAGCGGCGAGCUGCUGCGUUUUGGAGACCGCCAGUUCUAUGGAGACUGGUGGAAUGCUGAGACACUGGAGAGUUUUUGGAGAAAAUGGAAUGUUCCAUUUCAUAAGUGGACGUACAGACAUCUAUACAAGCCUCUGUUAAGGAGGAACAUAUCACCCUGGCAAGCUGACUUAUUGAUCUUCUUACUGUCUGCAGCCUUCUGUGAGUAUGUCAUUGCUAUGUCCCUGCGGACCUGUCGUUUCUGGAUAUUUUUCCUGAUGAUUUUGGAGCUCCUGGUGGCUGAGUUCCUAGGACACCACCUCACUGGUAACUAUGGCAACGGCUUCGUGUGGCUCUGUCUCUUGCUGGGCCCACCACUGGCAGUGAUGAUGUACUUCCACGACUACUAUAUGGGCCACCGUUCUCAGCCCCAUUGGAGCCUUCUGUGACCAAACUUAAUGCGGCCCUCCUUAUUCCAACUGUAUUACCAGGACCCCAACUCUGACCCAUGGAAAACACCUGGUCCAAAACUGCUAGGCCUCCUUACUUUAUUACCUGACACUCAAGACUAAAGAGGACGUCCCAUUUCAGUGUCAACAAUUUCAGGAAUUCAGACAUUCAUUUUCACCAUGUUUCUGCAUAUGGGUAUGAGUGGUUUGGUUUUCCUGCAGUUUGAAAUGUGCUCUCUUCAGGAAAUUCACCAUUAAGCGUCAUGCAAUGCUAUUUUUGUUCUGUAAUAAACAGAUUGCCCUCUGACAGAAGUCUAUUAAUUUCUAUAAUUCCGUCUUGCUAAAAUCAAAGAUUGUUCUGCAUAGAUCAAUGCUUUAUUGUGUCCACAAUGUCCAAGGAAGCCAAGCAAGUGUGUCUAAUAAAAUAUAGUUUGUGU